CCUAAUUGUUGUGAUAAACUUAUUAAAUAGUUUCGGAAAUGAAAUAUCUUGCAGCUUGUAUGCUUGUCCAAUUGGGCGGAAAGAAUCUCAACAAACAAAAUGUUACCGCUGUUUUGGAAGCAAUUGGGGCUGAAGUUGAUGAUAAACUUCUCGGAACUGUUCUAGGAAAGCUAGAAGGAAAAAGUAUUGAGGAAUUGAUCAGCGCUGGAUCUUCCAAACUGGCUUCAGUCCCAUCCGGAGGUGGGGCAGUUGCUGCCAGUUCUGGUGGCGCAGCUGCUUCUGGUGACGCAGGCGCAGCCGUCGAAAAGAAGGAGGAAAAGAAAGAAGAAUCUGAGGAAGAAUCAGACGAUGACAUGGGAUUCGGACUAUUUGAUUAAUCCAAAUCUCACUCUUCCUGUACGCUUGCAUUUCCUUGAAUCUGAAUAAAGCGUUGGAGAUACAA